AUGUGGGCUGGUAGCUAUUACUGUGGGCAGGCAGAUGGAAGUCCACAGGCCAAACCGAUGGACGCGACCUACAGACCUGACUGUGAACUCAUCGCCCACACACAUGCAAGCAUGCCGGGACAGACCUGCAUUCCAAUUUAUCUUCGCCGGUACCCUGAGAAUACACGCAUACUACUGUGGAUACUGUAUACAUUAUUUGGAGGCCUGGAAUCCCUCGUCCUGCUGCAGAUCACCACACUUGUACUCGAACUGCGCGAGAGAUUUCGUGUAAUCAACGACUGUAUCCUCACGGCGGCCACUCGUCACGGCGACAAGCACUUUUCGCGCAUCCUCCUGGGCUACGUUCGACAAGCGGCGGUGGUAUCCCAGCUCGAGGUUGACCGGCUGCACCACGCACACGCAGUUCUCCAGCGGGCAGCAGAACUUCUCCACCGCCACUUCGGCGUCACCUUGGUCCUUCACGUGACGGCAGCAUUCUCCGCUCUCAUAUACGGCGCGUACGAGUUCCUGGUGAUGUGGGUGGCGCCAGAGAAGAGCCACGCCACCGUGGUCAACGAUUCCAAGGCGUCGGCGGUAACGUGGCUGACGUCACACCUGCUGAACCUGGUGGCCGUGGUGCUCUCCUGCUCGGCGACGGUGGACGAGGCAGAGCGCACGCGCGACCUGGUGGUGAGGGUCGCCACGCUCCGGGGGCGCCCGUUUCUCAGCGCGGGGAUGGAGCCGCUGCUGAUGCAAGUGCUGACCUCUCGCCCGCUGUCGUUCAAGGCUGCCGGUUUCCUCACCAUCGACCGCCGUCUGCUGGUGUCCGCUCUCUGCGCCACCAUCACAUACUUAGUCAUAUUAGCUCAGAUUUCUCUCAAUUAA